AUGGCUUACAAGACGUUUUCAGUUGUCUCAGAGAUGCCAAGAAUGCCCACGUACUCAGAUACGCCCCAUGACGCGAUUUUUAUCGGUCCAAGGAGCUGGCAGGAUCGACUUGCACCACCUCGAGCGAGUCGAUACGGGAGACGAAGACAUGGCCGUUGGAUCAGAUGGCGAGGCCUUUGGUCUAGGAGGGGUUUCCGAAGUCGUACAAGACGUUGGAUUGAAACGGUAGGCGGCAGAACGGGUCUGGAUCUAAAGGUGGCAUGGGGAUUGAUUGCAGUUGUUUGUCUCAUGAUGAAGAAGAACAUCAGCAGCCCGGAAGAAGGUAUGGAACGAAAUGCCAACGCGAAGAAUGGGGAAUACAUAGUGACGUAA